AUGGAAAGACCACCUGUGGAAUUUAUUGUUCCAAAAUACUUUGAACACCCACCUAGGUCUAGUGUUGCGGUUGAUCGAUUUCUUCGAAUAAGUAAACCAAAUGUAUUAAAAACAUAUGAAGAAUAUUCAAUAGGAAAACCAAGUCAUCCAUUAGAUUUACCAUUUGUUGUUAAAAUUCAUUUACCAAAAGAAUUAAUAACACAAAUAGGAAAUACUUAUGUAGAAAUUUCUAUUGAUAAAAAUGCUACUAUUGACGAUUUAUUAAAACAAUUUUUUGAUAAGUUUGGUACUGGAAUUAUUGCUUUUAGGAAUGUACUGUUAGAAAAGAAUUAUGCAGGACUAGUAUUAUUAUCAUCUCUUUGUGAUGGUGAUGAAUUAGUAGAUUCAAUUUUUCAAUUUAUUAGAAUUCAUAGUAUUGAAGCAGAUUAUCUUAGUGCAUUUGUCUCAACACAUGGAGUUCAAUCAAGACUAUUGGAAGGAUUAUUAGAAAAUUGGAUGUUUGAAAAAGAAAAAUUGUUUUUGGAUACAUUUUUCUUCCCGAUUAAAAUGAGAGUUCAAAAUGGGUUAUUUGAAAUUGAUGCAAAUAAAAUUUUACCAUCAGAAAAUAGAGACCAAAAUAUUGGAUAUAUUUGUAAUUUAAUAAAACAACUUAGAAAUACAUUAUCUACUGCCCUUCAAAAACUUACUGGUGAAACAGUUUAUAUUUUCUACACAUUAAAUAAGAAAUUAACAUUAAACCAUUUAAAUUCAGAUCAAUAUGCAUUAUCCAAAUUAUUCUUUAGAAUAACAUUGAACCUUUUAUCAAAUGAAAAAUAUCCAAGAACUAAUGCUGAUUGGAAAUUUUCUACAAAUUCUUCUCAAACAACACGAUUAACAUCAAUUUUAUUUGAAAUUUUUAAUAUAUUUUUAAAAGAUAUUGAUGAUAAUUCACUUCCAGACGUUGUGAAACAAACAUUUAAUAAAGAAAUAGAAGUAAUGGCAGAAAUUGUUCAAUCAUUUUUUAAAAAUUUAAGACCAAUGAUUAGAAACAUAAUGAAAGGAGAAAUGAAUGAAAGUAUUGAAAGAACAGUACUAGAUAAAUUAUUACGUUCUGCAAAAGAAAUAUUUAAAAAUCCUAUUAAUUGUCCUGAAUUUAAUAGAGAAUAUCCAAAUGUUUCAAUUGAAUUAUUAAAAAAACAAGCAAUGGAUAUUCAAAAUGUUUCGAGUAAUUAUCAUCUUAGAGUACCAAAUUCAAUGUAUUAUAUUAAAGUUUCACAAGUUCAAAUGACUCCUAUUGGAGAAUGGGAAUAUGUUCGUCAACGAUUAAGAGAGUUUAAGUCAAUAGAAUUUGAAUGUGUAGAUACACAAUUAUUUGAACGAGAUAAAAUAGUAUUAUUUGAUAUUUCAACAAUUAUUGAUGGACCAAUGAAAUGGGAUUGUACAAACCCACAAGAAUUUUAUUUUAGAAGAUGUUCAUAUCACAGUGCAAAGGAUAUGAACAUUCCAUUUAUUCCAAUUUCAUCAGCAAUAACAGCAAUACCAUAUCCAAAAUCAUUUCCAGAAACUUUUUUUAUUAAAUUACAAAUUUCUACUGCAGUAAGAGAUUUUUGUCAAUUAGAUAAACAAAGUAAUACGCUUCAAGUAAAUUAUUUAUUUAAACCAUCAAUGAUAAUAGAUAAAUAUCUUCGUUCAAUUCAAAAAGUUAGAACUGACUUUGAAGUAAACAAUAAUAUAUUCUAUCUUAAAACACUUGGAUUUGAUGAAUAUAUGUUUGAUGAUGUUCCAAUUGGAGACUAUCAAUAUAUUAGAGAAAUGUUAAGAAUGUCUAAACCAAUUAGGUUAAUGUUAGUUCUUGAAGCAGGUGAAUUUGAAAAAAAAUUACAAGUUCGACAACGAAGUGAAGAGUUAGAAAAGAAUUGGGAAUUUCAACCAUUACCAAUUGAAUUACCAAAUAUGGAUAUUAUAUUACCUCACUGUGUAAUGAGAAAAAAAUUAGGUAUUUAUGUUCAAAAUAUUGAAAUGACUGAUCAAAUUUUUACUACUAACUCAUUAUAUGUUGUACUACUUGAAAUAUGUUUUGGUGGAGAAGUUAUGUGGAGUUCACGUUCUUCAGUGGUUUCAAAUAUUUCUAAUGAAAAAAAUAAAUUUAACAAUUUAAAUUUAAAUCAAUGGAUUAUUUUUGAUUCAUGUCGAAUAUGUGAUAUUCCUAAAGAAGCUAUGCUUGUAUUUAAGGUUAUUGAAGUAGAUAAAGAAGUUAAAAUUAAAAAAAAUAAUAUAUACAAAGGAGAAUGUAGAAAUUGUCAUUUAUCAUUAUACUCUACUAAAGGAAAAGGAUUUAAUAUGUUUUGUAGUUGUGGAAUGGAUUUAUCUCCAAAUAGUAUUAGUAGUGAAAAUAAUACAACUACAAUUAUUGGAUGGACUGAUAUUUAUUUAUUUGACUAUCGUAAAUUAAUGAUUUCUGGAAAUUAUUCACAAGCAAUUAUGUUACCUCCUGUUAUUCCUAUCGGUAUUCCUGUUACAGAAUUUGGUAAUCUAAAUCAACUUAAUGGAAAAAUUCAAUUUAAACUUCCGAUUGGACCAACAAUACAAUUCGAUAAUUCAACCGUUGAUAUCACAAUGGAAUUAAAUAAAAAAUGUGAAUUAAAUGAAGAAGAACAAAAAAGAAUUAAUACUCUAAUUGUAACAACAAAUUUAUUAAAAGAAAUAGAAAAUGAAGAUAAGGAAUUGAUAUGGAGAGGAAGACAAUUUAUUCUUAAUGAAGAGACUCUUCAUCUUCAUCCAAGUAGUAUUGUUUUAUUAUGUCAAAGUGUUCCAUGGAACAAACCAAAAGAAGUAAAAGUAUUUGAACAACUCAUUCAAAAAUGGCCAAAAUCUUUAAAAUUUGAAGCAACACCAUUGUCUGAUCUUGCAAUCUUCUUAAUUCAUAGAGCACUCAAUAAACGUUCUACAAUUGGUCGUAUAUUCUUUUGGUUAAUCAAAAGUGAGUUACAUAUUCCUGAAACACAAAGAAGGUUUGCAUUACUUCUUGAAGCUUUUUUGAUGUUGCUGAAAAUUGUAAAGUUUUGGACUCGUUAA